AUGGCUGAUGAUGCGGCUAGAAAGCUGCAGUUCGAGUACAAGAUCAACUCUAACUUAGUACUUUCAACGGAUCGGUCACUGAUAGAUAGACGUCCUAGAGAUGAGUCAACUGGUGAAGUGUUAAGUCUAGCUGGAAAAAUCCGUGUGCAGGAAAUGGGACACAAGUCACAGAGAACGAAACCACCCAUGUUACAAGAAAAACGAGCAAAGCGUCAAAAACGCGAUGAAACGCAACAGGACUCCUUAAAAUUGAAAGGGGGCAGUUUACUAAAUGAUGACUUUGAUGAUAUAGCAGGCAUUAUAUACCGCCCGAAGACACCUGAUACUCGUAAAACCUACGAAUAUAUCUUGCAUUGCAUUCAGGAGGCUCUUGGUGAUCAGUCACGUGAAAUAUUGUGUGGUGCAGCAGAUGAAGUUAUAGCCACUUCCAAGAAUACUCAUUUAAAAGAUAAGGAAAAACGAAAAGAAACAGAAUCGUUGUUGGGUCCUCUUGUUGAUGAACGAUACAAUAUAAUUGUAAACUUGUGCAAGAAAAUUACAGACUGGAAAGAGGAAGAACCUGCAUCUUCAGCAAAUCCUAAUUUCAAUGACAGUAUUGAUCAAACGUAUGGUGUGAAUGUCCAGUUUGAAGAGUCUGACCAUGAGGAUGAAGAGGAUGCUUUUGGUGAAAUUAAGGACGAAGAAGAUGAUGAUGAGCCAGAAGGAGAUGAGGCUGCAGUAGAAAUGACCCUGCAAUCCCGAAAAAAUGAAUCACUUAGUACUACUCAUCAAAAUACCGAAAGUCUACAUCCACGUGAUAUUGAUGCAUUUUGGUUGCAGCGUAAUCUUGCUAAGCAUUGUAAGGAUCCAGUACUUGCUCAAGCUAAAGCUCGUGAGUGUUUGGACAUCCUUCAGUCAGCUGCAGAUGAUAGAGAAUUAGAAAAUCGUCUAGUUCGUGCUUUGAGUUAUGAACAGUUUGAUUUUGUUAAAAUUUUGCGUAAACAUCGUCUCAUGAUUUUACAUUGUAUCUUACUGGCACAAGCACAAACUAUACAAGAACGUAGUCAGCUAGAAGCGAAAAUGCGUAGUGAUCCUGUACUAGCUAAAGUUUUGCAUGAAUUAAGAGAAACAGAAAAUUCAACAGAUCUUGUAGCUGAAGAACGUCAAAGAAAGAAUGUUCAGCGUGUUGUUCGCGUUCAAGCUGAUAUGGAGCAAGAGAGUAUGGAAGAAGAAGGAAUUCAAUUGUCUGAAGAUGGUGCUAUUGGCGUGGCAAAUAUUGUUGACUUAGAAGGUUUAGCCUUCUCUCAAGGUGGACACUUAAUGGCUAAUAAAAGAUGUCAAUUACCUGAUGGUUCAUUUCGUAAACAGAAAAAAGGUUAUGAAGAGGUGCAUGUACCAGCUUUGCGUCAAAAGACUUUAGAAUCAGGUGAAACUUUAAUAAAAAUUGAAAAACUUCCUGCUUAUGCACAAGCUGCUUUUGAAGGCUGUAAAACACUCAAUCUUAUACAGAGUAAAUUAUAUCAUGCUGCUAUGGAAACGGAUGAAAAUUUACUACUCUGCGCGCCAACUGGUGCUGGAAAAACAAAUGUAGCUUUAUUGUGUAUUAUGCAUGAACUUGGCAAAUUCAUUAAUCCUGAUGGAACAAUUAAUAAAGAUGAAUUUAAACUAAUCUACAUUGCUCCUAUGCGAUCAUUAGUACAAGAAGUUGUUGGAAAUUUUAAUAAGUUGUUAAGCAGUUAUGGUAUUAAAGUUGAUGAAUUAACUGGUGAUCAUCAACUGAGUCGUGAACAAAUUUAUGAAACUCAAGUAAUUGUAUGUACACCCGAGAAAUGGGAUGUAAUAACACGUCGUGGUGGUGAUGAACGUGCCUACAUACAAUUAGUUAGAUUAAUUAUCUUUGAUGAAAUUCAUUUACUACACGAUGAUCGUGGUCCAAUACUUGAAGCAAUUGUUGCACGAACAUUACGUGCUGUUGAAAGUACAUCCGGGAUAAUUACAUCCAGUGAUAUUGGAGGUGGUGGUGGUGUACGUCUUGUUGGAUUAAGUGCAACACUACCAAAUUAUGAAGAUGUAGCAACAUUUCUACGAGUGGAUUGUUCAAAAGGUUUAUUCUAUUUUGAUAAUAGUUACCGCCCUGUGCCGUUAGAACAACAAUAUAUUGGAAUAACUGAAAAGAAAGCUGUAAAACGUUAUCAAAUAAUGAAUGAUAUUGUCUAUGAUAAAGUGAUGGAACAUGCUGGACGUAAUCAAGUAUUAAUAUUUGUGCAUAGUCGUAAAGAGACGGGGAAAACAGCACGUGCUCUGAGAGAUACAUGCUUAGAAAAGGAUACACUUGGUAUAUUUAUGAAAGAUAAAAAUGCCUCUGCAGUUGUAUUACGUCAAGAAGCUGAACAAGUGAAAAAUCUUGAAUUGAAAGAUUUACUCCCAUAUGGUUUUGGUAUUCAUCAUGCUGGUAUGAGUCGUGUUGAUCGUACUCUAGUUGAAGAUUUAUUCGCUGAUCGGCAUAUACAAGUUUUAGUCUCUACUGCCACAUUAGCUUGGGGUGUAAAUCUACCCGCGCAUACUGUAUUGAUUAAAGGAACUCAGAUAUACAGUCCUGAAAAAGGUCGUUGGACAGAAUUAGGCGCUUUAGAUGUCAUGCAAAUGCUUGGACGUGCAGGUCGUCCACAAUAUGAUACAAAAGGUGAAGGUGUGCUGAUUACCAAUCAUACAGAGUUACAAUAUUAUUUAAGCCUAAUGAAUCAACAACUCCCGAUUGAAAGUCAACUGAUAUCACGUUUAGCUGAUUUAUUAAAUGCUGAAAUUGUCCUAGGCACUGUGACAACUAUACGUGAAGCAGUUACCUGGUUAGGCUAUACCUAUCUGUAUAUUCGUAUGUUACGUAAUCCAAAUUUAUAUGGUGUACCGCAUGGUAGUGAAAAAAAUGAUCCAUGGCUUGAACAAUAUCGUCGUGAUCUAGUGCAUACAGCAGCUACAGAGCUAGAAAAAUCACAAUUAAUACGUUAUGAUCGACGUUCUGGGUGUUUACAGUCCACUGAACUUGGUCGAAUUGCAUCACACUACUAUUUAACACAUUCAACUGUAUUAUCCUACAAUAAACUACUUCGACCUGGUUUAGGCGAAAUUGAAUUAUUCCGUGUAUUUGCUGCUAGCUCUGAAUUUAAAUAUAUGUCUGUUAGACAAGAAGAACGCUUUGAGCUAGCUAAACUACUUGAACGUGUUCCCAUCCCAAUAAAAGAAUCACCUGAAGAACCUUCAGCAAAAAUUAACUGCCUAUUACAAGCUUAUAUAUCUGGAUUAAAAUUAGAAGGAUUUUCAUUAAUGUCUGAUAUGGUGUAUAUUACACAAUCAGCUGGUCGACUUGUACGUGCAAUUUUUGAAAUUGUCCUUCAUCGUGGUUGGGCUGAAUUAGCUGAUAAUGCAUUAACAUUAGCUAAAAUGAUUGAACGACGUAUGUGGGAGUCAAUGUGUCCAUUACGUCAAUUUAAAAAGUUACCUGAUGAAGUUAUCCGUAAAUUAGAGAAAAAAUCUAUACCAUUUGAUCGUCUUUAUGAUAUGAAUCAUCAUGAAUUGGGAGAAUUAGUCCGACUGCCAAAAUUAGGUCGACCAUUGCAUAAAUAUCUGCAUCAAUUGCCACGUUUAGAAAUGAGUGUUCAUGUUCAACCAAUUACACGUUCAGCUUUACGCGUUGAAUUGACACUAACACCAGAUUUUAUGUGGGAUGAAAAACUACACUCAACAAAUCAAGCAUUUUGGAUAUUUGUUGAAGAUGUCGAUGGAAAUACUGUAUUACAUCAUGAAUUUUUUGUAUUGAAACAACGUUAUGCCACUGAAGAACAUAUACUACGAUUUGUUGUACCAAUAUUUGAUCCAUUACCACCACAUUAUUAUAUAACAGCUGUAUCAGAUCGUUGGAUUGGUGGGGAAGUCACCCUGCCAGUUUCUUUUAGACACUUAAUUCUACCAGAGAAGACAAUACCACCUACAGAGUUAUUAGAUUUACAACCUUUGCCAGUGACAGCUUUAAGAAAUAAAGAUUUUGAAGCUCUAUACGCGGAUCGUAUUAAAGUUUUCAAUCCUAUACAAACACAGGUUUUCAACUCACUAUACAAUUCCGAUGAAAAUGUUUUAAUAGCAGCUCCAACCGGUAGUGGUAAAACUGUUUGCGCUGAGCUAGCCAUAUUCCGUUUAAUAACUACACAUGCUAGUACUGCUGCAAGCAAUCAAUCAGAUUCUACGACUGGUACAAAUACUAACUUCCGGUGUAUUUAUGUUUUACCACCGCAUGAAGAACAAGUGGAACAGCGUUAUAUUGACUGGGCUAGUCGAUUUGGUGAGAAGUUAGGCAAACGUGUUGUUCGACUAACAGGUGAAACAUCAGUCGACUUGAAACUGUUAGCUCGUGGAAAUAUUGUAGUUACUACACCAGAACACUGGGAUGUACUUUCUAGACGAUGGAAACAACGUAAAAAUGUACAAAAUGUCAAUUUAUUUAUCGCGGAUAACUUGCAUUUAAUUGGUUCUGAAGGUGGUUCAAUCCUUGAAGUUGUCUGUUCCAGAAUGCGUUAUAUCAGUAGUCAAGUGGAUAAUCCAAUCCGAAUAAUUGGCUUAUCACAUAGUCUUACAAAUGGUCGUGAUGUUGCCAGUUGGCUUGGUUGUUCCUCCAGUGCAACAUACAACUUUCCACCUACAACAAGACCAAUUCCAUUAGAAUUAACUAUAAUGCCAUUUAAUAUACCACAUCAAGCCUCUCGUCUGCUGGCAAUGACUAAACCUGUCUACCAAUUAAUAACCCGACUAGCGAUUAUUCCAAGUCCAACUGGUAGCUUACAACAUACUCAGCGUAAGCCAACUUUAGUUUAUGUGCCUACUCGACGUCAAGCACAAAGAGCUGCACUUGAUUUAAUCACAAUGUUCACCGCUAGCAAUGCAAUAUCCUCGUCUAAAUUUCAAGUUAUUUCAGGCCAUCUAGAAGAAGCACUAUCUCGAGCUGCUGAUCAAUUGGCAGACAAAGCGUUAGCUGAAGUGAUUCGUCAUGGCGGUGGCAUAGCUUAUAUACAUGAAGCUAUAACAAAACCAGAUCGUCGAUUAAUUGAAGUGUUAUUCGCUGCUGGUGCAUUACACACUCUAGUUGUUUCACGUGCUCUUAUUUGGGCGGCAGCUUCACCAAAUCCCUUAUCUGCUUAUCUCGUCAUCGUAAUGGAUACUCAAGAUUACAAUGGCAAAAUUCACGCCUAUGAAGAUUAUCCCAUAGUUGAUUUAAUUGAGAUAUUAGGUCAUGCAAAUCGACCAAAUAUUGAUAGUGAAGCGAAAGCUGUUGUAUUAUGUCAAACAGGCAAAAAAGAAUUUUGA